AUGCAGUCGGAUAAUUCUUUCCGUGGUUCCAAACGAAGGCGGACCCAGAGCUCAGACCCAGUGCCUGAAGCCGUCCCCAAGCUUUCGAGUCCAUCUAUCCAAGACGUCCUGAGGUCCACGGAACCUGAGCAAUCCGUCUCGCAUAUCGAGGCAUCGCCGCGCAAGUUUUCUGAUUCGGCUGAAAUUCGAGGAUUUGGUACUUCAACCUCCAGUAUCGAAUUUGCCAGAACUGUCAUUGGCAACGUGAGCGGUACUGAUCUCACCAAGUCAUCCCUCAUUCCAGGAGAUGAAGGACAUGCGCCCAGUCACGACCGGCCUUGGGGUCUACACCUCAUGCAACUGCCCCCGGAUAUCAUCAUGGAAGAAUUGAUCAACAAAUACUUCCAUUCCUAUCAUUGGUAUAUCUGUCUCUUCAACGAAAACGACUUUCGUCAGAUGGCGGCUCGAGUCUUACGGACAAGAGGUGCUUGGAAACGUCAAGAUUUAAGCACUGUCAUCACCGUCCUUACGGUUGCAUUGGUUGGACUACAGACCGGCCUGCCGGAUGCUUCAUGGUCGGCAUUCCGCCACUUCCGUAUGCUCACCAUUGAUCCGGAGAAGUUGUUACGAGAGAUAUCAGCGGAACUUCGUCAUCAUAUCAUGGACAUCGUGGAAGAUUCGAAGCUCGAAGCCGUACAAACAUGCGUUCUUUUAUCCACCCUUCACGUUUACCAUGAUUCUCCCAACCUUGCCUGGACGAUAGCAACCAUGGGUGUCAGUGUCGCCUAUGCCAUCGGAUUGCAGUACACGAAAGGACCGAAUAUUGAUCCUGCUCUCCAACAAGUACGCAGUAGGUGCUGGAACCAUUGUAUGGUUGCUGACACAUUCGGCUUGGUGGUGUAUGGAAGGCCAGGAUUGAUUGACCCUUCCACUUCCGGUGUGCAUGAGCUCUUGGACAUGGAAGAAACGGUUUCCGAUCCAUCAAUCAUUCAUCAUCCCAUCUAUGGUCGAGGAAAGCACCCAACAGCCAUGAGCUUUCAUGUAUUGAAAGCGCGGCUUUAUCGGAUCAUUCGUCACGCACUAGACAGAUUCCGAGUACUCCAGCAAAGUGAACAUGCUCCAGGUCAUGUAGACUCACUAAUUCAGACAGCUCAUGAUGUCCAGGGGUUUCUCACACAGUUCAGAUCGAGACUGCCACCAUUAUUCGAGUGGGAUAACUGGAAACACGCAGACCCAUGGAAACACGCAGAAGAUAGCGCAAAUGGUGGCAAUGAAUGGAGAAAGCUCUUGCUACAGGCGACUAUGCUACAAGUCCUCUGGAACGGUGCUGUUAUACUGGCUCAUCGGCCACUGCUAGAGUACAAGAUUUCAUCUCUUGGUCAGUCCAAGCCCAAUCGCAUUGUGCUGGAAUCGCUUCGCUCUUCUUUGGAUACCGCCGUCAAAGCCGCUCUUGUCCUCUCUCAGAUCCAAGUCCGACGAUUGGAGUCACAAUUCUGCAUUUCAUUCUUUUUUAUGCAUUUGUUUACGGCAGGUGUUAUCUUGAGUAUGGCUCCAGCCAGUCAGCCCCUCAGUUCGAUGUCACAACAAGCCAAGGCCGGGAUUGUUAGAAUUCUUCGCGCCACGAAACAGUCGGGUGGCAAGAACAGGAUAGCCCAACACACUGAAAAGUUGUUGAGUGAGCUUCUCCAAAUCACACUUCACCGCGAGAUGGAGAAUGCGUUGAAGGCGGAACCAAACGAUAUUCCAAGCGUAAUGACAAAUGAAACACAACAAUUGGGCGGUAUUGAAUCCGAGCUCCCCAUGUUGCCCUCACACAAUGAUUCAAAUGGUCAGUUACAAAGUCUUGGUCCAACGAAUCCUCCUCAAGAUCAGCGAUCAUAUCCAUCUGAAGCAUACGACUUUCUCGACCCCACAGGGCUAGUGACACAAGGGGAGAUUUUCGAUACUCGAUCAAUUCCAUGCCCGCCAGGGACUUUUCCCAGCAAUAUAUGGCCGUUCAGAGGGUUUGAGGACAUGAAUGCCAACUAUGAUGGCUUUCAAGAAAGUGAGUAA